AUGGAAGAAAAUUCACACGAUAUAAAUCAAAGACUACGUCCUUAUGUUGAAAAGGAUGAAGAUAAUAUUCCACAAAACUCAAUAAUCAAUGAAAUGGCUGAGGCAGCUUCCUCCGGUGUUGAAGUGAAAGAAGUUUCAGCAAAAAAUGGUGAUGUUCAAAAAGAAGAAAAAGGAGCUGCAGAAAUUGUCGGUUUUAUAAGUCUAUUUCGGUUUUCAAAUGCAAUGGAUUUUUUUUAUAUGUUCAUUGGUACAAUUGCUUCUUUGGUACAUGGCGCUACAUUUCCUUUGAUGUUACUUAUAUUUGGAAAUUUAACUGUUACAUUUACUAAUCGAUCAUUUGAUCUAUGUGGAUUGAAUUUUACAAUACUUGAUUGUUUUUGUCCACCUGAUGUUCAUCUUACUCCUGGAAAUAUUUUUAAUGAAUAUAAAAAAUGCAAUUUCUCAGCACUUAAUUUUACGUUGCCAAAUAUUGACUUUUUAGCAAAUGUUCGGCAACAAUCUCUAUGGCUUACUAUUAUAGGAUGUGGAAUAAUUGUAGUAGGAUAUUUUCAAGUUAGUUUUUGGUCAGUUGCAUGUGAACGUCAAACACGUCGUCUUCGUGAAAGACUUCUUCGAGCAAUACUUAAUAAAGAAAUCGCUUAUUUUGAUAUUAACAAAACUAAUCAACUUAAUACACAAUUGACAGAAAAUGUUAAUAAAGUACACGAUGGUACCGGUGAUAAACUCGGUUCAGCAUUACAAUUUAUUGCUUCUUUUUUUGCUGGUCUAGCAUUGGGAUUGAUUCGAGGAUGGAAAUUAACAUUAGUUAUACUUUCAGUUGGUCCAUUGCUUUUUUUAAAUGCAUUUAUCAUUACAAAAAUGACAGCAACAAUGACAUCACAAGAAUUAAAAUCAUAUGCAAAAGCUGGAGCUAUUGCUGAAGAAGUUUUUAGUAGUAUACGAACUGUUUUUGCAUACAAUGGAGCAACUUAUGAAUCGAACAGAUAUGCAAUACAUUUAAAAUCAGCAAAAAAAAAUGGUAUUCGUAAAGGAGCGAUUAAUGGAAUUUUAAUGGGUACUAUAUUUCUUUUCCUGUUUUGCACUUAUGCUUUGGGUUUUUGGUAUGGAGCUAAAUUAGUUCGAGAGGAAGCAGAAAAAUAUUCAAUUGAUGCAAUUCUUAUUGUCUUUUUUUCCAUUAUUACAGCAGUAUUUAGGCUUGGUCAAGCAGCUCCUCAUCUUCAAGCAUUAGCACAAGCUCGAGGUGCAGCUUAUACAUUAUGGAAUAUAAUUGAUACACCAUCGACAAUUACAAUAAGUAAUCCAAAUGGUAUUCAAAAAGAGGAUUUAAUUGGUGAAAUUAAAUUUUCUAAUGUUCAAUUUGUUUAUCCAUCUCGAACUGAUGUUCCUGUUCUUAAUGGACUUUCAUUUACAGCUCAUCCUGGUCAGACAACAGCACUUGUUGGUACUUCUGGUUGUGGAAAAAGUACAUGUAUGCAAUUAUUACAAAGAUUUUAUGAUACAGUCGAUGGUUCAGUUGAAAUUGAUGGUAUUCCUGUUAAUCAAUAUAAUCUUCGUUGGCUUCGACAACAUAUUGGUGUUGUAUCGCAAGAACCAGUUUUAUUUCAAACAACAAUCAGAGAAAAUAUACUCUUUGGAAGAAUAGAUGCAACACAAGAGCAAAUUGAACAAGCAGCUAAAAUGGCAAAUGCACAUGAUUUUAUCAUGUCAUUACCACAUAAAUAUAAUACACUUGUUGGUGAACGUGGUGCACAAUUGAGUGGAGGACAAAAACAACGAAUAGCUAUUGCUCGUGCACUUGUUCGUGAUCCUCGUAUUCUUUUACUUGACGAAGCAACAAGUGCUCUUGAUACAGAAAGUGAACAUAUUGUACAAGAAGCUCUUGAUCGUGCAUCAAAAGGACGUACAACAAUUGUAAUUGCUCAUCGUUUAUCAACCAAUGUAAAUGCAUCAAAAAUAAUUGUGCUUAAUAAAGGAUCAGUUAUUGAAGAAGGAAAUCAUGAGACAUUAAUGGGUGCAAAAGGUGUUUAUCAUGGUCUUGCUGAAGCACAAAAUUUACAUCUGAAAGAAGAUGAUCAACAGGAAAAUGACGAUGAUGAUUUACUACCACUUCCUAUUUAUACUCGAGUAUUAUCAUUAAGUGAUCAACAUUAUCCUGGAGACGAAAUCUUAACUGCAGAUGGAAAAUAUUAUACCGGACCUUCACCAUUUUGGACAAUGCUUAAAAUGAAUAAACCAGAAAUAUGUUAUAUUAUAAUUGGUUGUUUGUCAUGUAUUUGUAAUGGAGGUAUUCAACCGGCAUUUGGUGUUAUUUUAAGUAAAGUUAUUGCUGUUUUUCAAUUAUGCGAUAAAGAAGAGCAAAAACAUCGGGUAUUUAUUUAUAUUUUAAUCUUUAUUGGUCUUGGUGUUCUAAUGCUUUUCACAAUGUUUUUACAAAGUUGCCUCUUUGCAAUAUCUGGUGAAAGAUUAACAGAACGUCUUCGUGCAAAAAUCUUUCGAACAUUAUUACAACAAGAAGUUGCUUAUUUUGAUCAUCCAGAAAAUAAUACAGGUGCACUAUGUACUCGUCUUGCAACUGAAGCAUCAGAUGUUCAAGGAGCUACUGGUAUUCGAAUUGGAACAAUAUUACAAAAUAUAUGCAAUCUUGGUGUUGGACUUGUUUUAGCAUUUAUUUUUGGUUGGAAAUUAACUUUACUUAUAUUAGCUUUUGUUCCAUUUAUGAUUAUAGCGGGAUUUUUACAAAUAUAUAUGAUGACUAGAUUUGCUAAUAAAGAUAAAAAUGCAUUGGAAAAUGCUGGAAAGAUUGCUGUUGAAGCAAUAUCGAAUAUUCGAACUGUUGCACAAUUAACAAAAGAACAACAUUUUGGGGAUGAAUAUUGUAGAUUACUCGACAUUCCUUUUAAAAAUAGUUUAAAACAAGCACAUUUAUUUGGAAUUUCAUUUAGUUUUACUGAUGCCAUUACAUUCUUUGCACAAGCGGCUCUAUUUACUUUCGGAGCUUGGCUAGUUGAACGAGGAGAGAUGACUUUUGAAGAGAUUAUGCUUGUACUCAAUUGUAUAAUUUUCGGUGCAAUGGCUGUUGGUCAAACAGCAUCAAUGUCUCCGGAUUAUGCCAAGGCAAUUGUAUCAUCAAAAAAAAUUUUGGCUUUAUUUGAGCGUGUACCAGUAAUUAAUCAUUAUUCGGCUGAUGGAAUUAUAUUAGAAAAUUUUAAUGGUCAAAUUGAUUUAACUAGUUUGGGAUUUCGUUAUCCAAAUCGGCCUGAAAUACAAGUUUUGAAAAAUUUUAAUUUAACAAUUGAACCUCAUAAACAAAUUGCACUUGUUGGUUCAUCCGGUUGUGGAAAAAGUACAAUUAUUCAGUUACUUGAACAUUUUUAUAAUCCAUCAAGUGGACAAAUAUUAAUUGAUCGAAAUGAAUUAUCAUCAUUAAAUCUUCAAUGGUGGAGAAGUCAAAUUGGUUUUGUUAGUCAAGAACCAGUUUUAUUUGAUGUAUCAAUUCGAGAAAAUAUUGCAUAUGGUGAUACAUCAAGAAUUGUACCUAUCAAAGAAAUUCGAGAAGCCGCAAAAAAUGCAAAUAUUCAACGAUUUAUUGAAAAUUUACCAGAACAGUAUGAAACAAAUGUUGGUUCAAAAGGUACACAAUUAUCCGGUGGUGAAAAACAACGAAUUGCUAUUGCUCGAGCUCUUGUUCGUAAUCCGAAGAUUUUAUUACUCGAUGAAGCGACGAGUGCACUUGAUACCGAAAGUGAACGUAUAGUUCAAGAAGCUCUUGAUCAAGCAUCUGUAGGUCGUACAACAAUUGCUAUAGCUCAUCGUUUAUCAACUAUACAAAAUUCUGAUCUUAUUUGUGUUCUUCAUCGUGGUCGUAUUGUUGAAUCUGGUAAACAUGAUGAAUUAUUGGCUCGAAAAGGAUAUUAUUAUCGUUUAGCCCAAGCAAAAAAAUAG